CAAAACCACCGGACCACCGCCUUACCGUUUCAUUUGCUUUCCCUUAUUUUCCUGGGAAACUUUCUCUGACAUCAGUGGAAACCCUAACAUUAUCUGCUAAUCAAUGUAACUUUUGUGGAAUUAUUUGUGUUGAAAUCUGUAGUAAAGGAGAUCAAACGCAACUCGGAGCCUCUGUUUACUCGAAAAUGGCAAAAACUUCACCACCCAAGAGGAAAUCUGAGUUUGAGAUGAAGCGGACGCCGAGUCCCAUGAGGAGGUUCGAGAGAGCCAAGAAUAACUCAUCAACUUCUUCUGGGUCUAAAAUGUCUGGAAGUAAAAGUUCGGGUUCAUCGUUAAAUGACCGAAAAGGGGAAAGGAAGGAGAAGAGUAUGAAAGAUUUGGCAUUGGGAACUAUAGAAGUUAGCAAAAGUGGGAAAGAAAAUGCAGGAACUGCCCAUGUGAAAAAUAAGAUAAGACAUGCCAGAGAUUAUUUGGCGUGGUUUAAGAAGAAAAAAAAGGAGGUUAAAGCAUCAGUAAAUGCAAGUAAAGAUGUCUGCAAGACAAAGGUUCCAUUGCUGCUCAGUAGUGAGCGGGAAAGGGAACAUACGGAUGAAGGACAGCCGCUCAGGUUUCAGAGAAAGCUGUUGGAGGGAAAGCAUCCUGGGAAAUCUUGUCCUGGUUUGUCUCAGGGGAAACGAGAAAGGGAACAAUUGCUUGAAGAGUUAUCGAUUACAACAGAAGUUGAAAGUGAUGAAGUUGUAAAGAAGCGUAAGAUGGUGGUAAAUAGUAAUGAUGGUCCACACUAUCUAAAGCCUGGAUUAGAGGGAAAGAUAAAUCCUGGAUGCAAGGACGGAGCUUCUGUAACUGCAGCAGAUAAUGUGCCUCAUUGUUUUGCUAGAUCAACUACUUGUGUAAAUACAACUACUGAUGAAAAAUGUGACUCUACUUCACAUAAUGUGGAUAGGAAUGUAUUAGAAAAACCAAAAAGUAACCUGUUUGAUUCUGAGGAGAGAAGAAAAUUGAUCGAUGCCCAGAAGAAUCUCAAUCUUCUUUUGAAGCCUGGGAUAUCAAAACUAUGUGGAGUCCUUCAACUCUCUGAUGUUGUCAAGGCUAUGGUCGAAAAGCUUCUUGAAUACGUAAUGAAUAAUCACCUUGUAAAUACAGAACCAGCAACAACAUUGCAGGCAUUACAGAUAGCUCUGUGUUGGACAGCAGCUUCAUUUCUGAAGCAGAAAGUCGACCACAAAGAAUCGCUUUUGCUUGCAAAGCAGCACCUUAACUUCGCUUGCAUAAAGGAAGAGGCAUAUUAUUUUUAUUCAAUGCUGCGGUGUCUAAAGGAAACCUUUUUACAUCGUACAAGGACUUUCAAGGUUGCAGUGCCUCCAAAAUCUGCUAAAUUAUCAAGUAAAGAUGCCUUGAAGGACCAUUCACAUGCAAAGGUACUAUCAAAGAUUGAAGACUUGUCCAUGAAUCUAGAAUAUUUAGCAAACACAGAUGUCUCAAAAAGUAUCAAAGAUAUUUAUAAAAAGUUCAAGAAGAAGAUGACAAAACUUACUGAGAAGCAAAGAAAAAACGAAAAUGAUUACGAGGAAGAAAAGGGGCAUAUAGAAAGAGAGAAGAAAACAGAGUUGGCCGUUAUUCAAUUUUGUUACCAGAAUAAUACUUCGAUGAGGACAUAUAGGCUUAAGAUGUUGGACAAAAGAAUUGAAGAGCAUAAACUCCAUAUGGACAUACACCGUGAGUGUCUUGAGGAAUUUCACCUGCAAGAAUGGUUUAAGUUGAAGGAGCAGGAGAAACAAUGGGUAGAAAACGUGCAAUCCUGGGCUAAUGUUGAACUAUUAAAUAGGUCACCUUCAAAUGGACCUGAGCCUUGGUCGAAAUGCUUACAGACUAGUGAAGAAGUUAGAGUUAAUAAAGAUUCUGAGGAUUUUGCCUCUUUAAGAGAGCAUGGUCUUGACAAGGUGGUCCUGAUAGGAUUGUCUGGAACUCAAGAAAAUGCUCCUGAUGAAGGUGUAGUAUGUGGUGGUUUCAUUAGAACAGUGACGUCUCCAGCUAGACCCCUUAGUGCAAAUGCUGCAUUAGAUACAAUUACUUCUGGGGCAUUUUUGUUUACUGAUUGUAUGGAGAAAAAUGAAGCUGGCAGUUCUGGUGAUGAUCAAGAGAAUGGCGUGUCUAUGAAUCCGUGUGCCAAAGAGUUAAUUACUGAUGGAGGAACUUCAGACUAUGGGGAGGUUCUGCUUGAUGUGCCAGAAAUUGUUUGCUGUACUGAUGGCUCGGAAAAAGUUGUCACCCCCAGUCUUCCUCCAUCUGAAGAAUGCAUCCACAAUGCGGACACAUCACUCAUUCCUGAUGGGGAGGCCAGACUGGAAGUGCCCAAAUCUGGCAAAUCAACUGAUGGUCCAGAGCAAACCCUUCCUUUGGAUAUGUCUUCUGUGCAAUGGAAGCCUAAUGGGGCUGCAUUAAGUGUACCUGACAGAGAAGCUCCACUGGGAUUGCAUGAGAGUGCCAGUUCAAGUCAUAAUAUUGUGUCUGUGAGAACACCAUCAUCUGAAGAACAAAUUCAUGUAGUGAUGGUAACCGUUAAAGAUAAAGUGGUAGAAUCAAGACUGUUUGAGACUGGCAGUUCAAAUGAUGACCAAGGGAAUCUUGUCACUGUGGAUCCAUCUGAAGAACAAACUCCUGAAAAUGCCACAUAUGAGACUGUCAAUUCAAUUCACGGUUUGCAUAAUGUUAUUUCUGUGAGCGCACCUUCAUCUGAAGACCAAAUCCAUGUAGUGACAGUAACCAGUCCAGAAUCAGGUGUCUUUGAGACUGUCAGUUCCAAUGAUGGCCAAGGGAAUCUUGUCUCUGUGGAUCCACCAUCUGAAGAGCAAACCCUUGAAAAUUCAACAGAUUAUGAGACUAAAGGAUCCGUGUAG